AAAUUGCAACAUACUGAGAAAGUAUAGAGCAACCGCAUAUGUUUAUUGUUUUGAUACGCAAACAGAACUGAGUCGUAAGUGGAAAAUAUGGGAUUGUGAAGGUGCCGCAGGAUACACACAACUGAAAGGAUUUUGUUCUACGAAUUGCCAAAAGUGAAAUUAUUAUUAUAAGCUACUACACUACACUGCAAAAGCCAUGGGUCAAGCCCAUAGUUUGGCAGAUUCCCUGCCGGAUGUUGAUAGUGUUCACAUGCAAUUGGUGCGUCACACAAAAGUUUUGUCAGAAAUCAAUUCCCUGACCUAUGAGGAAUUCAAAACUUGCUUGGGAAAUUUAAAUGCGUUAUCCCGCAAAUGCAUAGACCCCAAUGGUAAGCAACUGGUGUUUUUGGUGAAAAGUGGCACGGACACAUCUCUAUUGUGGAAGGCAACUGUGAAGAUAGCCUGCGUAAAAGUUAAUCCCGAAACACGACAAAUCGAUUCAUACAAAUUUCUAAAUCUGAAGCAAUUUUUGUGUGUUUUCAAAACAUUCCAAGCCCAUUUGGAAAGUCUGGUGAGCAGUGAAAUUCAAAGGGAGCAAAGACGUGAUUCUCAAUCAACACCAGAAGAUGAGGAACCGUCUCGAUGUUCUUCGUCACAACUACAUCCACUACCAUCACAAUUCACAACUUCAAUGUUUAUGGGUGCAUUGGGUAAUAGUACAGAUAGUACAGGUGGAGGCAGUGGCUUAAGCAGCCCCUCAGUAUCGACAUGUGUCCAUAAUGACCACAUAGAUGAGUGUUCAAUAUGUUUGGAUAGACAAACAGAAGUAAUCCUGCCCUGUACACACUCCUUCUGUACUCCAUGCAUAGAACAAUGGAAUGUUAAUAACAAAACUUGUCCCAUAUGCUGUGAAACUUUGGAAAGUACAGAUGAAACAUGGGUGAUGUCGAAUAUACCAGAAGUUGAGGAAAUCAACGAAGAAAUAUGCGCUGGAUUUAUGAAUUUGGCCAAAGAGCAAUAGAGAAUUACAACAGUUGUUCUUGUCCUCUCAAUAAAAUGACAAGUUUACUAAUAGUACAACCUACCUAUGAGCAAUUUGGCAAUAAUAUUCAAGUUUUCAAAGACUGGAUAACAUCAAUGGUAUUUUUAAUAUAUGUAAAUGGUUUUUUAAAAAAGCAAAAGGCCCUAUUUCACAUAAUCAUGACAUUAUGGUUUAAAGCCAUAACCUACAUAUUUUUAAAUUUUAUACCCAUUUCGACAUUAUAUAAAUUAUUUGUAUGAAUCUUGGAAAUAAACAAAGGCAAUUUAAAACCACACAGGCAGAGAUAAAAAGGCGUUGGUCAAAAUUGACGGCUUCGACUAUCAGUGCUUCUCUAAAACAACUUCUCUUGGUGUCUAGUUUAUAUGCCAAAAUAUACGAAAAUGUAUGCUAUAUUUCAAAAAUAAUAUCUUACUUAUGAGAAGAUUUGUACUGAGGCCAAAGCUUAGAAGAAUAUUGAGUUUUGGGAAAAAUAUAAAGAAUGCUUCUCCUUUUUUAUUAUUGUUUCAAGCUUUAUAAUAACAAAAAAUUUGGUUUGACUAUGUAUGUGAUUAUUGGCCGAACAACGAAAUGUAGCCAUAUCAACGUCCAAAUAGGAAUUUUAUUCAUCUUAGUAUCUCGAUGUGAAUUAUUAAUUUAGCUAAUCUUUUAAGUAAAUGUUGUAAGCUUAGGUAAAACAAAGUAAUUUGGUAUCCAGUCAAUGUUUUGUUCUAAAUGUGUUACUUCUGUAAACCCUUUGCUUUAUAAUAAUUAUUAUUUUCCCUAAUUUAAGAAUAAAUCUUGUUAAAUAGUUUAUAGUUAUAUAAAAAAAAAUUGUGAAUCUUAUAUACCCUUCAUCCUGUGGAUCAUGUUCGGCAAGUUCUCCAUAGUAGUUGCCAAGUCAGUAUAAACGGUUUCUCCUAAUAAACAAGUUUUAGAUGCAUAAUUUGAUCAAGCAUGAUGCUUCCAACUUUCCCUCUUACAUAACGUUUUUCCUUUUUAUUAGAAUUCCACAUCACUGAUAAUUUUUUUAUAUCCUACACAACCACUGCGGUACUGGGUGUUAUUAUCUAGUCCAUUUGUUUGUAGCAGUCAAAAGGAGAAGAGGGGCACCAACCCAUUGAUUGUUAUAUCGAUCGUCUCUGAAUCACUUCCCGAAACGAUUUUUUUAUUUAUUUUCUAAAUGUUGUUAUUUUAAUGGCUCGAUUAUGGAUGCCAACUAACAUGCAGUUGAAAUGUCAUCUGACACGCAACCAAAAUAAAAAAGCUAAAAGUUAUGAAAUUUCCAAAAAAAAAACAAAAAAAAACAAAAAAAAUAUUUUUAAUUAAAGCACUGUUAAAGAAUUUUUUCAUGUAAAUGUUCAUUUUGUGUCGCCGUUUGGUGCCAAAAUUUCUUUAAGACUUAAGAACUUGUCUAUUGAAUUUAGAUCCAUGUUAAUUUCCUGCGUAUUCUUGGUCCACAACAUGCUUUGUUAAGAUUUCUUAUGUUAAGUGGCAAUUUUAUUUUUAUCUUGCUUUAAAAUAUCUUCACACCACCAACUAUUCUCCCGGCUAUGUUUUUUUGUUUCAACAACUGGCACAACACGAGCAGCAUUUGGGUUUUCCCCAUUUAUUCUUAAAUUACGAAUUGUUGAUUUGUGGCGCUUUGACCACGGUGAAGCUUAAAACACCUACUCAUAUGUUAUAUAGAAACAAACGAACAAUUUAUACUAAACCUGACAGAUCUACUAUUUCCUGCACGUGAUGACUAUGAGCACCACACAGUCUAGAACUUUGAGCUCCGAUCUAUGUCCAUCGUCACCACGAGAAGCUCAUAUGAGGGCUACGGCAUCCACAGGUGGCAGAUCGGGAAUGUUCAAUACGGAAUAGCUGCAACUGCAGUCGCGGACAAUUAGCGGUAUCGAGUGGAGUAUCAGAGAAAGGCAGGGCGGCAACGGCUCUUGCAUGAAUACUGAGUAUGACAAGGCAAGCUAUUGGAUCCUUUAAAUAACCAAUGGCCAUAACGUUCCCGUAGCUACCGGUCGUAUGGACCGGAACGAACUUGCUCAACGAUAAGAGCUAGACAAGGAUUGCUACCUCCACAUACAAAUGUGGCUACAACAACGGAGCAACUACAAAAAAGUGGUUGCCGAAAAAUCGCACUUAUAGCAACUUCAGUUGAAUGUCAUCCGUAAUGUAUAUUUUUCAACUAGCAAUCAUAUAAAAUAAUAUUUUUUCUUAAUAAUAUUUUUAAGAAAAAAUAGUUUUUUUAUAAUUUUUUUUUCAUAAGAUGAACUGUUAAUCAAUUCUAAAUGUAUAACAAUAAAAUAUUUUAUAAAAGCUAAAUAUUUUAUUGAAUGAUUUGUCCCCAAAAUUUGAUAAUUAACCCUAUACUUUUAAAGUAAAUGGCACAAAACUUGAAAAUUAAUUUAUACUAACUAGAAUUAUUUCUGUUCCAUAAAGUAAUAACUUGUUUUUUUGAUGUCUUGGACACAUCUAUGGUGCAUGGAGUCCCAAUAAGAUCCUGGCAUCUCUCUACAGGGUGAUCCUGGGAUAGCUUUAAACGGAUUUUGUGUCUGGCUUUACACAUUGCGUUCAAUGGCUAUUCCGCAUUUGGAAUUUAGUUCUCUUUAACAUAAUAUCAAUGUCUCCCCAUGUUCAAUGGGAUUGAGGACAGGAAACUGAGCAGGUCACAGCUUAAUCUGAACCCCAUUGACCCGAAACCACCCCUUUCCAAUUUACUAGUAUGUUUCCGAUCAUUAUCUUGUUAGAAUGCCAAUGUCAGAAUCAUAUU